UUGGGGUUUGUGAUCCCUCCUUCAAGGACAUUUUUGAAGGAACCAAAGAGAAGAUUUGUGUGGAACUUCAAUUCACACUCCCUGGGAAGGAAAGACAAGAUUCUGUCUACAGUGGACUUCAGGAAAUUUAAGGCAACUUACUAGAUAUGGAACUAAUGGAAGAAUCAUCGAGUCCAGAAAUUCAAGAAGAAGCAAAUGCUUUAAUAAUAAAUGUGAAUGAAAAUGCUGAAAUUCAAAGGGAAGCAAACACUUCAACUCAAAAUGAAGAACUUCAUAGUGAAGCAAAUGCUUCAGUCGAAAAUGAAGAUCGAGACACACAAUUGGUAAAUGACAUCACAAAAAUGUUGGAAAGCUCGGAGCCUCCCUUAUCACCUAAACAUUGUAUCUACAGGGUUCCACAUGAUUUUCGCAAAUUGAACGAAGAAGCCUAUACUCCUCAGUGUAUAUCAAUAGGGCCUUUUCACCAUGGUGAUAAAAGAUUGGAAACCAUGGAAAAGCUUAAAGUGAGAUAUUUCAAGCAAUUUGUGAAGGAAGCUACUUUAAACGUGAAGAAAUUAGUAAGCAUGAUAAGGGAUAAGGAAGGAGAUGUCCGUGAUUGUUAUGCAGAGAGUAUCCAACUUAGCAGUGACGAUUGUGUGAAAUUGAUCCUGAUGGAUGCGAGCUUCAUUAUUAUGUUAUUCUUGAUAUAUGAGCAUGAAGAAAGGAGGAGAGGCGAUGACUCCUUAGUAUUGACACCACGAAUGAUUGUCAAUAUACGUAAGGAUAUGUGGUUGCUUGAAAAUCAACUUCCUUUCUUUGUUAUAAAGGAAAUAUUCGACUUGGCAUUUGCAUCUUACUCAGACUACCCUUCCUUCGCUCAGCUUACCUUUGGAUUCUUUUCAGUUUACAACACUCAAGAAAUGUCUCCUGAUUCCAAUUUGGAAAUAAUUCACUUCCUUGAUUUGUUGAGAACCUUUUUUUCGCCUCAAUCAUGUACGCUACCACAAAGAGGCAAUGACAUAAUUGGAGUUAAGCACUUGCAUAGUGCAAGCAAGUUGCACGAUGCAGGAGUAAAGUUUAAGGUGGGCGUAAGCAAAUGCUUAUUUAACUUAAAAUUCGAAAACGGAGUGCUAGAAAUACCAUGCUUAAAAUUAUACAAUGAUACAGAGUCUCUUUUUCGAAACCUCGUGGCCUGGGAGCAAUGUCACAAUCUGGUUGAUGCUUAUGUUUCCGAUUAUAUUAGCUUAUUAGAUUUCCUUAUUGACAUUGUCAAAGAUGUAGAUUUACUUGUGCAAAAAAGGAUCCUAGUACAUGCUUUGGGCGACAGCAAUGCAGUAACAACUUUGGUCAACAAUCUCGACACAAAUGUUUCACAUCGGUACUCAAACUCCAUCUAUUGUAAGCUCUGUAAAGAUUUGAAUACAUUCUAUGAGGAUCCUCGUCAUAUUUGGAAGGCUACCUUGAGACGUGAUUAUUUUAGCACUCCUUGGAUAACUGCUUCUACUAUAGCUGCUAUUACUCUUCUGGUACUCACUCUCAUACAAGCUGUAUGCUCUAUUAUCUCAUUAUGAUCAUUUGAAGUUUGUGUAAUUCGGAUGGUAUUGGAUUGCAUUGUGAUAGUAUUUCAUUGUUUUAGGAGUACGAGGUUUGUGGAAUUGUAGUCUACAACUUUGAAAAUUUAAAUUUGACCUCGAUCAGUACUAAAUUUUUCCUUUUG